AUGGACCAGAAUUCCCCAAGGGGAGCUUCUUCUCCAGCUGCCUCCCGUGAACCUCGAUUACAUCUUCCCUCAACUACCGAUCCUCCAGGUCCCCAGAACCCCCCGAAACCGCUCGUAUGGCUGAUCUUCGGUGCAACAGGCCACAUGGGCCGCUCACUCGUGAAAAUCGCUCUAUCACGCAAUGAUCUAGUCUCAGCCGUAGGGCGCACCUAUGAGAACAGCCCCGAAGCCAUGAAAGAGCUUGAAGACGAACACGAAAACUGCCUCGGCCUUUUAUGCGACGUACGCGCUCGCGAAACCGUCAAGCGAGUAAUCGACCAAACCAUCGCGCGAUUCGGCCGCAUCGACGUAAUCGCCAAUUGUUCCGGAUACGGCGUGAUCGGAGCCUGCGAAGACCAAGACGAAUUCGAUAUCCGCAAUCAAUUCGAGACAAACUUCACAGGAACAUUGAAUAUGAUCCAGCUGUCACUCCCGCAUUUCAGAGAGCGGCGCGCAGGCCGAUAUCUCAUUUUCAGCUCAACGUCAGGCGCGCUCGGAGUGCCGGGGUUGGGACCAUACUGCGCGUCGAAGUAUGCAGUGGAAGGCCUGAUGGAGAGUAUGUUGUAUGAGGUGGAUAGCUUCAAUAUCAAAGGGACGCUGGUUGAGCCGGGUCAUAUGCGACGCGAUGAUAUUGGGGAUCUGGUCUCGCCUUCGUUUAUGGCUGCCAACCCAUCCGAACAUAACCUCUCAUCGCCAUUACCCCUGUACGGUCAUUUCUUGGUGAAGCCUCCCAGUGAACCGUAUAAUACUUCCACGUCGCCUGCUGCGCAUGCAAGGCGCAUGCUUAUGUGGCUAGGUGACAAGCAGCCUGCUUCUGCGGUGAAAGCAGCCCACCUUGUCUGGGAGCUUGGGCACUGCUCCUACCCUCCUUUACGGUUGAUUCUCGGUACAUACGCAGUUGAAAGUAUUCGGGAUAGAUUGAAAUGCAUCAUUGAGGAGAUCGAGGAUUGGAAGCAUCUCAGUUUCCCGUUGGGAGAAACACUGCCUGUGACGGGCGAUGGCAAUGACGGCGGCAGCAAUGCGGGAUGA